UUCCGAAUAUCUAUAGGAAACUUGUGUUGCCUACUUCUCCCUCCUUUCUCCUUUGUGUGCUUUGCGUCGCCAGUCCAUUCUUUACCUCACGUUCGCGUGCCAUUCGUUUAACAAUAUGCCUUCCUCAUCACUCUUUCUGAGGUCGAGCACCACACUCGUUUCUGCUUUGUUGUUGCUUUCUUCUUCUGCUUCUGCCACUAACACGUACUAUGCUCUGGACACUGAAUAUUCUGGAACGAACUUCUUUGACGGAUUCAACUUUUUUGCUGAUGCCGAUCCUACCCAUGGUUUCGUCACUUACGUCGACGAGGCCACGGCCGAGGCUGAUGGCCUGAUCACUUUCAACGGCGGCUCGGCCCAGAUGAGAGUCGACCACAAGAACCCAUACAACGGCAGCGCACCUUACUCGGGGAUCAACGGCGUUGGACGGCCGAGUGUCAGGAUUGAAAGUAUCAAGUCAUGGACACACGGUCUCUUUGUUGCCGACAUCAAACACAUGCCAACAACAAAAGAUGGCAGCGGUUGCGGAGUGUGGCCGGCAUUCUGGACUCUUGGUUCCGGCACAUGGCCGUACAACGGUGAAAUCGACAUCAUCGAGGGUGCGAACAACCAAGGCACUGACCUAACAUCUACCCACGUCGCCGGCACCUGCGUCAUUUCCCAAAGCCCCUUAGAAAUGACCGGUACUUCGAACGGUAACAAUUGCCAGUACGACGUCAGUACUGGCGCCAAUGCGCAGGGCUGUGGCGCUUUCGACACCAGUUCCUCCAGCUACGGAUCGGGUUUCAACGCCAAUCCGGGCGGUGGUGGCGGCGUCUACGCAAUGGAGUGGACGUCGGACGCGAUCAAGAUCUGGUUCUUCGCACGAAAAUCCAUCCCCUCGGAUAUCUCGUCUGGAAAACCCGACCCCUCUGGAUGGGGACUGCCAGCCUCCAUCUUCGACGGGCCAGGCUGCGACAUCGACGCCAACUUUGCCGACAACAGAAUCGUCUUCGACACCACUUUCUGCGGUGAUUUUGGUGACGCGACCUGGUCCAGCGGCGGGUGUGCAGCCAGCACCGGCCAAAGCCAGUGCUCUGUCUACGUUGGCAGUAACCCAGGCGACUUCAAGGAUGCGUACUGGGAUGUCAACUACGUCCAGAUAUAUCAAUCCCAACCGGUCACCACCACCUCGACAAGUACAACCACAACCACCCUCGUCACCACAACGAGACCCCUGUACACCCAUUCAAGCAGCUCGUCGGAAACCACGACUCCUAGUCCUGUCGUUUCAACCACCAGCCCCGUCGUCCCGACCACCACGCCAUACGUACCACACACAACCCCCAGCAGCACUGCUGGUCUCCCGCAGACAACCUCGUCGAGAUACCUCUCCGUGGGACCUUUCUACAAUACCACCAGCAGCAGCACGAGCGGCAGCGGCAGCAGCACGUGGAACGACUGGGCGCCAACGACAACGUCCGAUCCUGUUACCAGCACAUGGGAAGACUGGUCUGACCCCACGACAAGCUCUGUCAGUUCCAGCACGUCCAGCUCAUCGAGCUUCCAGUGGCAAGAUUGGACUACUUCGACCACGACACCCAGCGAUCCCGCAACAACUUGGGGUGACUGGAGUGAUGAGGGCUCGGUUGUGACCGUCACAAUCACCAAGACGUGGACGGAGCCUUGCUCCACAGGUUUUACCACCAAGACCACUACCAUCACGACCACGCACUGCGGGUGCACUGAGACACCAGUGCCCACAGCCUGCAUGACGACCAAGACCUUCACGCCGUCGGCCGGAUGGCCAUUCAGCACACCCAUCGUCGCCAGCGUGCCCUGCGCAGCACCCGCCGGAACCACGUCGCCCGUCGCAGCCACCUCGACUGCCCCGGCACCAAGCGGGACCUGGGGCAGCCAGCCGGUCUCCCUGGCGCCAACGGUGACGGAGGGAUCGUGGGGCGGCAAGCCCGUGUCUCCAGUCGCGGCAGCCUCGACCGGCACGGGUAGUGGCGCGUGGGUGAGCCCGAGUGUGACCCUCGCCACCACCUUGACCGUGGCUCCCGUGCCGUCGUCGUCCGCGCCCGUCGCGGCGGCCAGCAAGUCAGCGACGCCGGUGGCUCCCUACAGCAUCGCCAGCAACGGCACCUGGGGCGCCGCCGCCUCGAGCACCAGCUCCUGGGUUGCCCCGUACACGGGUGCCGCAGGCCGCACGACAUUGAACGCCUUCACCGCCAUGCUUGCCGCUGGAGCUGUCGCGCUCGGCAUGUUCGCUUUGUAAACGACCAUAUUGCGAUGUCUUAAGGAAAUAGCGAGUUGGGGUGCCAAAUGACUUGAUCAUUUUAUUCCAGAGAUGGGCAGACCGGUGGAACAGAGAAUAUAUUGGAGAAAAGGCCCCAUGAUUCUCUUUGUGUAGGGAGAGAACAAACCUCGCACCAUCGCCGUUGGACCUAUCAAGCCAAACGCCCCUCUUCUUCAAUAUUUCCCUGCCUUUCUUCCGGCUUGACGUGUAUGUAUCUAUCUCUCUGACAAAGGGUGGUACUUCUCGAGGCCCAUGUGUUUGUUUGCAAUUCUCUUUUUUUCAAUUCGACAUAUGACAUUCUAGAGAGCGAAGAAAAGAACCAACCCACCAAUUUCGAUGCCAGACAGAUUUUUUAUGAGUGAUGAAAUGUUUUAAUGGUCCCCUGGAAACAAUCGCUUGGAGAAAGAAGAAAAGACUGCUGCACGAUCCCAGACAUCAGAAUUCUAUUUUGCUUUGCAUUCGCUUUCGAUUUCUUCGUGGUCUUUUCUCUUCUCCUGAAACGGGUCGCACUCGCACUCGCACCAUUUCUUAGGACUCUUGCAUCUUUCAGUAUCUUUUCGUAUUCAUUGCAUCUAUGGAUAGUU